AUGGCUAUCAAUGAUACCAAGGGACCCGUGGCGGAGCUACUGGAGAAUCGACUGUAUGCAUUCCGGAUUGCAAUGAGUGAGGUCCCCCCUGCUCAAGUACGAUGGGAUCGAGAGGGCCAAGUCAUUACAUUCCAAGAUGUAAGUCUGUCCUUGUUGGAACUCUCUCGACUGAUCCGCGAGGGCAUCUCUACCGCGCAGGCCAUCUUCGAGCAAGAGUUGUGUUUAUCCGGCCCAGCACGGCCGGCUACUGAGAUCCCUCAAUUUGAUCUUAGUAAUCUGAUGGAUAACUGGGAUGCUACACAAGCUGGUGCAUCCUUUCUCACAGAUUCUCGCAAUCAUGCCUACGUAGUACCCUAUCAGGACUGGCUCUUCCGUCGAGUCAGUCAGGAUGCAGUUCUUACGAAGCAACUAUCCAGCGAUCCUAGAGGCUUUACUCGUCCCAUCUUUAUUGGAUCUGGCCAGCAAGCGCGACGCACUGAGUUCCUAGGAAUUCGAUGGCGCAACACCCUCCUGCAUACUCGCGAUCUCUUCCUCCAUGAUGGUCAAAUGCUCUUUAUUCUGGAUUAUCAUAAGAGUCGUCAUCGUACUAAUGCCUCUCGAUGGCCCGCCCGGUUUCUUCUCCCAGAAGUAGGACACUUAGUUACGCAGUUUCUCAUCUUAAUUAUGCCCUUCCGACAGUGGUUACAGCACCAGGUGCAAACUAUGCAUUCUUCCACAUCCACUCCACUCUGUGACUACCUGUGGGCCUCUACGACAAAGCCUUGGUCUGAUAAUCAUCUUACGCGGACCGUGAUCCGGACUGGAGAGCAGAUCCUUGGUAAGAAGAUUCAUAUUCGAGCCUGGCGCCAGAUCACUGUUGGGAUUGCCAUUAAGAAGUUUAGAACUCUUGCGUCACAGUUUAUUGAGGAUUCUCUUGAUAAUGAAGAUGACCUUAUAGAGGAUCACAAUGGCAGUAUGGCUGCGGUAUUCCAUUAUCAGGCUGCACAUACACCUCAUACUGGGAAUCAGAUCUAUGGAGGGACCAUCAAUUUUCGAGCCGGUCUCACCGAUGCUGGUCUUCAAGAAUUCCGCCAAGCUAGCGAGAUCUGGCAUCAAUUAAUCAAACAGCCCUCGCAGUACUCUACACCUAGCUUAUUAAAAAGACGACUGCCUGCUGUAUUCACUCAGUCCUUGCAACCAGCCAACGUCAAUAUAGAGUGGGAAUGGGAUGAGAGUCCUUCCAAGCGAGUGCGGAGUGAGGCAACUGAGUCCACACUAGUUCAACGAUUUCAUCGUUGCCACGAACCACGACAGAGUCAACAGCGCUGGACUAUGGAGCAGGCGCAGACCAUUCUAAAGCGCAUGUAUGGACCAGAAGCGCAGUAUCAAACCAGUAAUCAGCAACAAGCCUUGCAGUAUAUCAUCCAGGGUUUUAGUCAAGUGGUUGCAGUUCUUCGAACAAAUGAGGGCAAGAGCCUACUCUAUCUUCUGCCCUGCCAGCUUCCUGGUGCACGAACAACCGUGGUAGUGCUCCCUUUAUUGGUCCUCAAGCAGGACAUGCUCCUUCGAUGUCAGAAUGCUGGAAUUAAGGUGACCAUCUGGAAUCAGCAGGAUGAAUCCAGGCACCUUGGAUCGAGUCCACUGAUCCUAGUAAGCGCUGAGCAGGCAGUACAUAUCAACUUCCGAACCUUUCUUCUUCGGCUACAGCUUGCCAAUCAACUUGAUCGUGUUGUAUUUGAUGAGUGUCAUCUGACUCUGACCGCCUCUUCUUACCGCAAGGGACUGGCCUUGCUUCCUACGUUACGCGAUAUUCAGUGUCAGAUGGUCUUCCUCACUGGCACGCUACCACCAGUCAUGAUGGCAGAAUUUGAGCAAACCAUGCUACUCUCUCAGGCACGAUUGAUCCGUAGCCUCACCACUCGCCGUGAUCUAUCCUAUCAGGUCGUUUCCUGCCCUAUGGAUCAGGACUUCUUCAAGUUUGCAAUUCCUUGGAUCCAGCAAGAGCGUACCCAACUAGACUCUCAAGAGCGUGCAAUUCUCUACUGCCAAACCCAAGCGAUUACAGAGAAAGUGGCUACGAUUCUUGCAUGUCCCUUCUACCAUGCUGAUUCUGGGACUCGUGAAGAGAAGGCGCAAACCCUCGAGACGUGGCGUAAUGGAAAUCCAAAUUGGAUUGUUGCCACUUCUGCCUUUGGAAUGGGAAUUGAUCAUCCACGAGUCCGCCUUGUUAUCCAUCUUGGAGCUCCAUCCAGUCUCAUUGAGUUUACGCAGGAGGUAGGCCGCCUAGGACGUGACCAACAGGGCGGUCGUUCUAUUACCUUACUCCCUCCCUCAUGGAGUAUUACCAAGUCGAGCCGACCAGGCCAUAUGAUCUCGUCUGAUGUACAGGCUAUGCAUGCUGUUUUAGAUCAGCCGAACUGUCGAGUCGCUGCGAUGAGCUCCUUCCUCGAUGGGGCUGCAGUGGCCUGCAGCGCGCCUGAUCCUCUCUGUGAUCAAUGUCGCUUCCGUCAAGAGAAUCCUGAAUCUUCUUCGACUGAUCCUACUACGACCUGCUCGCCUAAUCCAGAGGAGAACGUCGACUGCGAUCUGACUAUUGGGUCUCAGAUGCGAAUCCAGCAGAUCCAGCAGGAGAGCCAGCAAUUACAGCAGUAUGAGGAUUCCCUCCAGGCGCUCCGUGGCACCUGCGUGAUCUGCCGUAUCCUACCAUCAUCAUCUGCCAACACGAAAAAGCAUUCCUUUAUCAAGUGUUGGAAUCCUCGUCGACAGGACUUUCUUGAGUCAAAAAAGAGGGCACAGCAGGAAGGAAAGCGGUUUCAAGGCUGGAUGCAGCGAUAUGCCGGGUGCUUUCGUUGUUAUAAUCCACAAGCGGUGUGCAGUCAACAGGGCCAGGGAACCUGCCUCUAUCCUGAUCUCGUCAUGCAAGCUUGCUGGGCGAUCUAUCAGAUCAAGGCCUGGACAGAAGGCUUGCUGCCUGGUCUUGGUGGUGAGCACGUACAAUCCAACGAGGCAGCAUAUAUGCUUUGGCUAGGGCAGAAGCGAGCGACAUUUGGGGUUGAAGGAUCGAAUGCUGCCUGGGUGGCUUAUCAUGUAUUCCAACAGCUUCUGGAGCCUGCAAAAGGUUCAGUUUAG